AUGAUACAUCUGAAUCAAAAGCAAACAAUGAAGAAAGAAGACAGAAAUUACGGGAUAUUGAGGAAAGUAAAAGUAUUGAAAUAUCAAGACGAACUUGAAUGCGGACGAAGAGAACGUAAACAUGGUUUAUCGCUAAUUGAAGAAGUCGAAUUUUACAGAAAAAAAUUAAUGAAAAAAAUUCAAGUUUCUGUUAAUAAAAGCGAUAUGUCUAAUUUUAUUGAAGGAACAUGA